AUUGUUUUGAUGCAAAAGCUUGAUCAAAGAAGGAAACCUGUUUCGGGUCAUGACAUGGGGUAAUCUUGAUGGGGUCUGAUACAAGUUGGCUCACCAUCUUCAUGGUUUUUUCUUCGUUAUUGUCGACAAUUUCUGGUGCCUCGGACAGCCAUGAUCCAGAUGCUUUAGACGCUUUGUUUCAUUCUUUCGCAAAUCAAACAUUGGCGAAGCACCAUACAGGCACUUUGAACAAAGUUCCCCUUCCUUCAAAUUUCUCUUCCAUUGAAGUUUCCGCCGUCAGGCUGCGCAGUGGCAGUUUGUGGCGGAGAGGAGCCAAUUUGAGCUUUGUUCAGAUCCCACCCAGAGUUAGAACACUUCCGUACGUGAAAAGAUUAGCUAUAGUUUAUGAUAACAUGGGAAAUUUGUCUUCGAAAUUCUAUCAGGUUCCUGGUUUUUCAUUGGUCUCUCCUGUAAUCGGCUUCAACGUUUAUGAUUAUUCAAAUUUAACUACAUUAAGCGAUGAAAGGAUCACACUGAGCAUCGUGAGUGAACCCAUUUCAAUCCAUUUUCCAUAUGUUGAUGCAGAAGACAAAAAUGUGACAGAACUCAAAUGUGUCAGAUUUGGAGCAGGUGGGUCGGUUGAGUUUGAGAACAUGACAGAGAGGAAUGUUUGUGUCACGGGAAAAUCAGGACAUUUUUCUGUUGUGACAUCGUCGAUGGCGGAGGAGAAACGAAGGAUUUGGAAAUGGUGGGUGAUGGGAUUUGUGGCUGGAAUCAUUGGCCUGGUCUUGUUGAUUGUGGCAGGAGUAAUCAUUUGUGGAAUGAGGAGAAGGAUGAAGAUCAAAACUAUGGAGAAAGAAUCUGAUAAAGCUGUUGCUUUGGAUACAUUUUGGGUUGGGGGAGAUAAAAUGCCUUCUGCAUCAAUGACCAGAACACAGCCAGUCCUUGAGCAUGAUUAUGUUCCUUAA